CGAUCUGACUGACAAGUUUUGGAAUAUGUAUACGGCAAGAUAAGUGGAGUCGUUCAAGUGGCGAUAAGUGGGCAAACAGUGAUAAGGAUGUCAGUAACUGACCCCCUGUUAAAAGAUGUCAAAGGUUGCGUACAAAUAUUCCUGAAAGAAAACGCAUCACAAACAAAAGUGACAGACAAUAACUCCACAACCCUCGAUUUCUUGUAUACCCUGGAAAAAAUCUUCAACUUUGGCCUUAUAACUCAGCAAAACACCCUUUAUUUCAAUAGAACAAUCGACCCUUUUUGUUGGUUGAGCAGUAUUAUAAAAGAAAAAAGUGAAAUAAUCACUUAUACUUACAUAAACUGUGUCGAAAGUACCAAAGAAAAAGCAGGAUUAAGAAACAACACCGCUAAGUUCAGAUAUUUGUUGAAGACAUGUUUGGUCAAGAAGUGUCUUCAUGUUCCAGUCGAAUUUUUGAUGCUGAGCAAAAAAUGUCACUUAUUUUAUUUGAGAAACUCUGUAAUUGGAGACGAGAUACUUUCGGAAAUUUUCUUGUCAGUCUUACUGCAGCUGAGCAAAAUCAGUUUCAAUUUAGACCUAGACAUCUGCUCCUUCUUGGACCAAACUUGGCGAUUACCUGAGACGUUAAACUUCGAACUUGUACCAUGCAGAACUCUAGGAAUAAGUGUUAGUUUUUCAGGAGACAGAGCUGUGAUAGUACACAUUGAGUCAUCUGGAGUUGCUGCUGAAACUGAGCAAAUACACAAGGGUGAUAUUUUGGAUAGCCUAAAUGGAAUUUACAUUACUGCUUCAUCUAAAGGACGAUUGAACUCGAUUCUGCGCAGCAGUAAAGCCAAACCAGUUAUAAUGAUAAUCGUGAAAGCAUAUCAAACUUCGACCAACGAUAUUUUUCCGCCAAUUGCUCAGCUGUUUAAGGAUCUAAACUUUGACGUGCAGAGCAUCAAGGAUCAAUACAAGCCAGUUGUUAACCAUCAGGAAGAUAAUGCUCACAUUAAAAAAGUGUAUGGAUUUGAAGUUUUGUAUAUGGGAUUGAUACAUAUUGGUGAGGACGGAAGCGUCAGACAAAUAGAAAAGGCAAUUAAAACGUUUCUGGGGUCAAGAGAUAGGAAAAAUAUGGAUAAAACGGUGUUGUUUGAGAUUGGAGAAAUUGGUGUGAGAUUAAGAGAUCCAGAAACGAGUGAUUUAAUUGAGCAACAUACUUAUAUGAGUAUUAGUUCCUGUGGAGCUUCGACAUAUCAAAAAAAUUAUUUCGGAUAUAUUGCUGGGUCGAAAAACGAAGUUUGUGAUCAAGCAGAAAAUUUUGUUUGUCAUAUCUUUCAUUCAGAACAUCAGGGAGAAAUUUCCACGAUUUUACAAAGUAUAGGGCAGGGUUUUCAUAGAACGCACUUUGCUGUUUAAAACAUAUUUUAUGUGCUAUUUAUAUAUUUUAUAUAGAAGCAUUUUUAGCAAUAUUUAUUUAUAACUCACUCAAUAAAAUUGUUGCAAUAUUGA